GAGCUCUGUCGUGACUCAGCCGAUCAGGUUCGUGGGCUGAGGCUAUCACUGACCAUCUGAAAAAGAUAGCCCAUUGGAAGCAGCGUAUUCUUUCCAGAAAAAUACCUUCAUGAGGAUUGGAAGAAUCCGCAGUGGAGAAGUGAUUUGAAAGGGUUCGCGCAGUUGUCAGGGUGUUUCCAGGUGAAAACAGCAGGUUGAUACUUUACGACCAAGGCUGGACAAAGACGACUUCUGCAGCCAAUAACAAGGAGGGGUCUCAGUGCAGCUUAGCAACAGCCAACCUCUUUGGACGGAGCAGGACCAGCCUCUCCCUCUUCUCUGGGGGUGGAGGGUGGACCCUGACCGGGAGUUCUUCGGCAGCCAAGUCCUGAAAAUGUGGUUCUCUUUCUUCAUGCAACAAAUGAGGAUUCUGGCACUUGGAAAAGAACCUUAAAUCCCAGUUCAGUGAACAGGGAUGAGAUGACUGUUUGGAGGAUUUUUGUGCAGCCUUAAGGUUCAUUAUGUGAAUGGACUGAAACUCUGCAAAGACUGAGGGCUAAACAAAUCACAGAUCUAGACAAUGCAGCAUACAACACAGAGAAUACCUUUGACAUUCUAUGAUAUGUCAAAAACAGAGUAUCGAAAGGAUAUUUCUUGCAAAGCUAGCAAUAGAAACAACUGAUAGAAAGGCCUACCCGCUCCUAGAUGCAGACAUGAGUGUUUCUCGGCCCUCUGAUUGUUUCCCCGUACGGGGGAAAACUGGAUCCACCAUGAGGCUUCCUCUCCACACCACAGGAGACCACAAUGGAAAUGCUUUCCCUAUUUCCUCUUCCUCCUCAUCCUCAUCAUCCUCCUGUCUGGGGGAGUCAUCCCCUGAGUCCCUACGGAGUCUGAGCAGCCUCAGCGGGAGCUGCAUCGACAGCCCUCUAGACUACGACAUGUUUGAAGUCACAUUGGUGACGACUGUGAUGGCCACAACAGAUGAAAUGACAGGUGUUGUCGUUUCAAAGUGGGUACCAGAGGAAGAGAUGGAGGAGGAGGAUGGUAAAGUGGAUAAUAAUGAUGAAGUCUCAGCUGGAAAGAUGCUAACAGCAGGAGAGGUUACAGAAUCCAAUGAUAACUCUGUGUCUGUUUACCUGGAUGCAAAUGGUGGCGAGUCCUGCAAUGACACCUGGAAUGAGAACCUGACCAUGGCCUUGACACUGACGAUGAAAAGCGGGAGUGAAAGCAGUGAGAAGAGGAGGCAUGGCUCCUCAACUCCAGACUCAGAUGCAACAGAAAUCCCUGCAGAUGAUGAUGAUGAAGAGGAGGGUUUGUUUCUCUCUGUGAGCUCUGAUGUGGGUAUGCGGAGAGCCAGCACUACUCUCACAAGCCUCGCAGCCGGGCUCCAGACAGAGGGGACUGAAGAGGAAAGGUCAGGGGUCGAAUCAGAUGAGCCUGUGAUGGUUUCUCCUCUCAAUACAGAGCCUCCUGUCUCUGAGGAUCUAAAUGAAGCCCCUCAGAUAUCUUCCCCAUCUGGGAGUCCAGCUGUAGUUAAUGAAGUCGCAUCCCCUCCACCCGAGGAGGAAGCUGAAAGACCCGAAGUAUCCCCUAAAAAACCACAACCAAACACCAGAGCAGCAAAAACCAAAUCAACAAAUACGACUCCAAAUGCUCUAAAGACAGCAACGUCCACCGCAGUCACACGAUCAAGUCAGGAGGUGAAAAGAGUCUCCAAACCUGACCUAAAAAAUGUCAAGGCUAAAGUUGGAUCUCGCUCGAAUGCAUCUCCUGUUAAAACACCUGUCAAGCAAAACAGUCCUGCUCCAGCCAAUGUGAAGAGAGUGGCUUCCAGGAGGGAUGAAAUACAAAAAGAGGAGGGGGAUAAAAAGCAAAGAUCACCUGCAGGUCCAGUCAGAGCUGCAGUGGUGCUGAGACCUGUUAAAGGAAAAAGCAGCAACUUGAAAACAAACCACAGGCCAGCCUCCAGCGACUCCACUCAGCCUGACAAGAAGAGUUUGUCUGUCAGUCGAAAACUUUCUGCCUCCACCAACUCUCUGGGGUCUGAGGAUGGACCACGGGAGUCCCCAAGGAGGGAUGUCCAGAUUGUGUCCAAUGACCAGGAAAAAACUAAUAGAGUAGAAAUGAAGAAUCAGGGUGAGGAUGCUCAUGAAGAGUCUGCAGAGGACCAGAGGGAAACUUCUGGAAAAUGUGGACCAGAGAAACAGAGGAACAAUGUUAAGAAAGUCUCCUCCAAGCUGGGGCCCAACGCCAGGCAGCAGGGGAGUAAGGGGACCCCGGGGCUGGCUCCAGCACCUCCAGGGACAGGCACUGGACCUCCAGGGAGCAGGCAGAACCAGAGUGAGGGCUCCACAGUGAAGGAGGGAGGACAGAACGGGGGAGGAUCUCCAACCAGACGCAGGCCGAGUCACAGUCAGAGUCCGGGUCUCCCUAAACCUCGCACAACAGCAGAACGAGCGUCCACAGCUGCUUCCUCUGGUCCCCCAACACCCAGCUCCAAACCAUCAGCCGGUCAGCAGCCAGUGUCAGGAGGACGACCUACUCCACCCACCGCCACUUCUGCAUCAAAACUUCCUGUUAAGGGAUUAACCACAAGCCUCAGCUCCUCCUCUCUGGGAAGCAACGAGAACAAUGGAGGCACAAAAGGAGCUCCAGGACCAGCAGCACCAAAGCCAGAGGAGCGACCCAGCAGGAACGCUGUUCCUGCAGGCGGUCAAAACACGGCAAAGACCCACCUCUCCAGCAGCCCCAGUUCUCCCAGUGAAGCUCUUCCCAGUGUAAGCAGUGGAGUCACUGCAGCUCCAAAACCUGCUGCCAUUAGGAGCAGAGCGCUGUCUCUGCAGGCCAGGGCCCUCGCUACAGGUCUGAAAGCCCCAUCAGUCACCAAUCACAUCACAGCAAAGACAUCAUCCGCCAAUCAAACUCCAGUGAAGACGCUUCCUGCAGCCAGUCAGUUGCUGGCGAAACAGCCAUCCCAGAAUCCUUUGCAGAGAAGUGGCUCAGCGAGACUCAGUCGACUGAACAGCACAGUGGACAAAAACAAACCUCGGGAAGCUCCGGCAAGACCCACCAACACCAGCAGCGGCUCACAGGGAGCAGCAGGAGCAGUGACUGCAGCAGGAAACAACCAGAACCAGCAGCAGCCUCCCCCUGAUCUGGUACCAGACGUGGUGAAUGCUAACAGACCCAACACACCAGUACCUGCAGCUGAAACCACCACCACUGGGUCAGGAACCACAGGCGCCUCAACUCCAGGGUUUAAAGCCAGAACAGGCUCUCGAUCCAGCCCCAGAACUGGACCCCGCCUGCAAAAUGCAUCAAAGCCAGUCACAGCCAGCGCUCCAGCUGCUGUGGCAGACGGGACGGUGCAAACUAAACCGAGCCAGAGCAAAGAGCAGGUGGAAAAGAAGAACAGCCACCUGAAGAAGCUGCUGGUUCAGGGGAAUAAGAAGGUGGAGGCUCUGGCUACAGUCAUCCAACAUCUCUUCUCUGAGCGUGAAGAGUCCUUGAGGCAGAAGAAGGAGCUGUCGCUGGAGCUGACAAAACUGCGAGAUGAGCUGGUUGCAUCGUCACAGUGCUGCAAACAUCUGCAGAAGGAGAAGGAGGAAGUGCGUGCCAACCUGGAGGAGGCUCUGAAGACACUGGAGGAGAAGCACAAGGAGGAGCUGGCACAGCUGGAGGACAGACUGAGGAGCUUUUACCAAACAGAGUGGGAUAAAGUCCAUCAGCAGUACCAGGAGGAGGCUGAUAAGUGCCGCAUGCUGAUGGAGCAGCAGGUGGAGGAGCUGAGAAACCGACAGGAAGCAGAGAGGAAGAGCCAGGAAGAGAGUCACAACCAGAAGCUGCAGUCACUGAAAGUGGAGUAUGAGGCAUCUGUAGAAGAGCUGAAGAAAACUCAGCAGACAGACCUGGAGAAUCUGCAGAAAACACUGAAGGAGACUGAAGCAUCGCUCUCAGAGAAAGUGUCCGAGCUGUUGGCAGAGAGGGAGGCUCUGACAGAGAAGCUGAACGCAGAGGAGGAGAGGCGACAAAACAUCCUCAGUGAUAAAAAUCUGAAGGACUCGCACACCGUGUUCCUAGAGCAGGAGCUGGAGAGUCUGAAGGUGGUGCUGGACAUGAAGAACAACCAGCUGCACCAGAAGGACAAGAAGCUGAUGGAGAUGGACAAACUGAUUGAGACUAACGUGAAGCUACAGGAGUGUUUGAACAAGGUCCAACAGGAGAACGAGGACUACAAAGCCAGGAUGGACAGACAUGCCGCUCUCUCUAAGCAGCUGUCCACCGAGCAGGCCAUCCUCCAGCAGACACUGCAGAAAGAGUCCAAGGUCAACAAGCGUCUUUCCAUGGAGAACGAGGAGCUGCUGUGGAAGCUGCACAACGGAGACCUGCUGGCCAGUCCCAGCCGUCGCCUCUCCCCCACAUCACCCUUCAGCUCGCCCCGAAACUCUGCCUCCUUCCCCACAGCUGCUCCCAUAUCACCGAGAUAACCCCGACAUGGACAGACAGCAGCUCCUCCCUCUGCUCUCUGAUCCCGUGACUCUUCUUUGAGGACUGGGUUGUCGGAUGUGGAACUUGUAAAUCUGAACCUUUUUAAAGACGCUGACUCUGUGAGCGACACACUGCAGUGGCACCAAUGCACUUAAGAGUGAGCGUGGGACUGACCUUGCUCUCUGUCAAACGCCUGUUCUCUGAGAAACUUUUCUUCUUUUUCUGAAGAAAACCUAAACAACAGGCACACCUCAGGGUCUGUACAUAUCGUCUCACUCUCGUUAUGACUAUCCUUAAACCUUUUUUUGUUGUAAAGUUCAAGCUCAGCUCAACCCGAUCUUUUAUGGCCUCUUUUCUUUAAGGCAGAGCGUGAGAAAAACCUUGGAUUUGUGGCGUUUAUGGGAACAGACUCUGAGUUGUUUGGGUUUGUGAGUCAUGAAGUAAAAUGACGGGUACAUUUUGGUGGAUUAGCAUGAAUUGUUUUGCCUUUUUCUUCUUUUAAAGAGGAUGUUUUUUUUCCCCUCCAAAGAGCGAGGCUCAAUCAAAGAUCUGCUUUGGACCUCUGGAUGAAGCAGAUGGACUCGUUGUGCUUCGGUCAGAUGAAAUAUUCAGUUCGUUCAUCCGAGGAACUCACCUGAUUUACUGACAUGAACCUUUGAUCCAAUGGAUGUCUGUUCCCCCAGUGAGCUCCUCACAACCUCUACCUUAAUCUACUUUGUGGAAUGUAAUCACCUUGGAUGUUAAAUCUGAGCAGGCCAGUGCAAACACAUAAACCUUCUCAGAGCCAAAUAUGCAGUUUCUCCUGCUCUCUUUUCCCUCCAGUGUCCCUCAUUAACAAAGAGAGACGACCCCCACAUCCUCUGAAAUCACCUCGUGCCCAAAGAGAAACAAGGCAAAGCUGAAUAGCGACUGAUGAGUGAUUCUCCGUCUUUGCUUUGGCUCACUUUUUAAAUCACCAGUGAUCAUUUCCACAGAGAAAUCUCCCUGAAACCAACAGACUCUGGUUUUACUGAAUCCAAAAAAUGAAACUAUGUGUGUCUGGUGUUUGUCCUGAAGAACCUCAGAUGUACCCGAAUUGCCUCAGUGUACCAUGUUCUGCUUUAUUUUGGACACAGAAUAAAAACAGUAUGAAAUAUGA